AGGGUGUCCAUGAUACUUUGAGUUUCAAAAAGAGAAGCUGCCAAGAGAGAGAGAAGGGGAGAGGAGAAUGGAGAGAGCAACACCUGUGCGGAAGUCUCACACUUCGACCUCAGAUCUCCUAACGUGGUCGGAGGCUCCGCCGACCGGCUCCUCCGCCUCCGCUAAUGUCUCUCGCUCCGGCGCUCGUUCCAACCAGCCAUCGGGUGGAGUUGGUAAGGUGCUAUUUGGAGGUCAGAUCACUGAUGAGGAAGCUGAGAGCCUUAAUAGAAGGAAACCUUGUUCGGGCUAUAAAUUAAAGGAGAUGACUGGCAGCAAAAUAUUUACUGACAGUGGUGAAGGUGAUAAAUCAGAAUCUGGAAUUUCUGAUGGUAAUGUUUAUAACCGGACAUCAGUUCGUAUGGUGCAGCAAGCUGCAAAUGGGAUAAGUCAGAUUUCCUUUAGUACUGAAGAUAAAGUAUCUCCCAAGAAACCAACCACUCUCCCUGAGGUCGCAAAACAACGUGAACUGAGUGGAACAUUAGAAAGUGACUCAGAGAGCAGAACUAAGAAGCAGCUUUCAGAUGCUAAAUCUAAGGAACUCAGUGGCAGUGACAUCUUUGGUCCUCCACCUGAAAUUCCUCGUCGAUCAUUGGCUGCUGCACGCACUCAGGAAAUAAAAGAAAACAAAGAUAUGGGUGAACCUGCACCACGAACUGUACGCACUUCUGUCAAAGUAUCUAAUCCUGCUGGAGGUCAAAGUAAUAUAUUUUUUGGUGACGAACCUGAAGUCAAGACAACCAAAAAAAUUCACAACCAGAAGGUUGCGGAGCUGACAGGGAACAACAUAUUCAAGGGAGAUGCUCCUCCUGGGUCUGCUGAGAAGCCAUUGAGUGUGGCCAAGUUGAGAGAAAUGAGUGGCAAUGAUAUAUUUGCAGAUGGCAAGGUCAAAUCCAGAGAUUACUUUGGUGGUGUCCGAAAACCACCUGGUGGUGAGAGCAGCAUUGCCUUGGUUUAGCCUCCUGCAUGUAACUGCUGAACACGGUUGAUCCUGCUAACAUUGACCCCAUAUUAAUGUUCCUUGAGGAUCAGGUAAGAGGAUGGAAACCUAGGAAGGCUCAAAUUAGGAUUAUGGAUUUUAUGUUUUUCUAGUUUCGCACACAAUGUUGUACCGACACUUAAACCAGUUUAACUGUUUAUUUUCUUCUAGCGUCCAUGUUCUGGAUUCUAAUACAAAUCCAAACCAUCUGUGUUUUUUCCCUACU